AUGGGACAAAGAGGUUCAAAGGGAACGAAUAAUAACGGAAAGAGAGGAUCAACACGAUCCACCACGACCACAACAACAAAUACAACAAAUACUGUUGCUAGUAUUCAAAACGAUCCACAGGACUUUGAAAAAGGCAUUGAAUUUAUAAUAGAUAAAUUAAAAAACAAUGAAAUAUAUAGAGCAAGACUCCAAGAUAUUAAUAUUAUGAGGCAAUUUGCUGAAGUUCUUGGUACAGAAGAUAAACUCCAAACAACCUAUUUAACUACCAAAUGGUUAGAUACUGUUGAUCUUGCCAGGAAGAUGUUACAACAAUCAAAGACUUUAGUGGAGGAUGAGGAAUUAUCUAGAAGUGGACAUUCAGGUAUGAAAUCAGUUGUACCAGCCAGUACAGCUGCUUCGGAUGUGAAUCAAAUCAACAAGACACCAUCAGAAAAUGUUGGAGGUGACUUUGAUGAUGAUGAUGAUAUUAUCAAUGAGGAAGAUAUUCGUUUGGGAGAAAAGGAUCCAGGAUUGAACAAGAUUUUAGAACAAAAUACUGUUAAAGUUAAGAUUGUCAUUUCUGAAAUUGCCAAGACUAAAGGAAAGAAGGCAUUCAGAAGAAUGUUGUCUCCUGUUUUGAGCAAAUUGGAUAUGUUACCAGAGUUGGGUAUGUUCCACUCUGCUCUUCAAAUUGGACCUUGGUUAAUUGAAUGGAACAAUUCUGCUAUUUGUGUUCCAAGAAAAUGUGUUAGCUCUGCUGCCAUGCUAUCAGCAGAUAUUGAACAACUCCAAACCAAUGAGGAUGUUAGAAAUGUUGUAGAGAAAUUGAGCAAAGUUAUUGUAAAGUGGAAUACUAGUAUGAGUUAUAAGGAAAGAGAUACAGAACCAGGAAAGAGUGGAAAUUGUCAAGAUUUUGUGGAUGAUGUUCUGGUUUCAAUUGGACUUUCAAGAGAUAGCCUAUCACAAGGACCUCUUGGAGAAUUCCUUAAAAAACUCAAAACAAAGGGACAGAGUGAUUUGGUUUUCAAAAUGAAUGAACAAUUCAGAAAAGCAUUUAAUUUUGCUGAAAACAAAAAGAAAUUUACUACCCACAGAGAUUUGGACGAAUUUGUUAAAGGUUUACUGACUAUUGAUCCAGAUUUCGAAAAGAACUACCGAUAUGAAUGGCUAUUCCUCAAAUCAAUGGAUCGUGCAUUCUGGCUGAAACAUAUAAAAUUUGAGGAAAUGGAAGAAUACAAGCCUGCUUCAAGGGAGGCUGUAGAUGAGGAUGAUGAGGUUAUAUUAAUCACAGACUGCCCAUUCAAAGAUCCAAGAGAUACCUAUUCUUUCAUUUAUGACGACGAAUAA